UGUUUUCACAAGCUGAUUGUCAUUGUUGUCUUUCGAGGUGCUAUCACAACAACAGUAGCAACAAGAUAAAGCUGCUACUGUAUAUAUAAAUAAAUAUAUAUACAUAUAUAUAUAUAUAAAUAUAUAUAUAUUUCUAUAUAUAUAUACAUAUAUAUGUGUAUGUAUAUAUAUCAACACAGGCGUACACAUAUGAAAAUCAUAUGACGCACAUAUACCUACAUAAGUAAGUAUAUGUAAAUGUAUACGCAUAGAUGACAAUAUCUUUGUAGACUCGUCAUACAUCAAAUAUGCCUUUCCAGAGUUAUUGAGGAACAUCCAGAAGAUCUGUAGUAGCACACGGUUCCAUAACUCUCUCUUUGCCAAGACAACAACAAACUACUACAACUAUUGUCAAUUGUACUUUUUCUCAUUCUAAAAGAAAAAUCAUCGCUGCUACUUCACGUUCGCUUAUAAGUGUUACCAUUCACUCAUUUUCUACAGCUCCGUUAGUGGUUUACUGUCACUUGUGGUAAAAGGAUACGUCAAGAUUUAGAAAAUUUUCAUUCUGACAACAAUUAAUCCAGAUAGCAAAAACAAUUUGUAUCUAGAUAAGAAGCAUUUAAAAAUUUUCAAUAAUGGCGGCAUUUAUUGCAAAACAAAUGGUUGGAGACCAACUGAAGUCUGUGAAAGCUAUGGGAGGUGAUGAAGGUGACAAAGAAGGGAAUGAGAAUGCAGAAGAAGAGGCUGCAGCUAUUGAAGAAGCCAGAAGAGAAGCCGAGGAGAGACGUAAAGAAAAACACAGGAAAAUGGAAGAAGAGCGAGAAGAAAUGCGUCAAAGUAUACGUGACAAGUAUGGACUUAAAAAGAAGGUAAAAGAGGAACCAGAGGCAGAACCUGAUUUAGACGAGGGUCGAGUUGGCCGCAAGAAAAAAACAAAAGAGGAACUUGCAGCCGAAGCUAAUGAAGAAGAUGAUGAUGAUGACUUCGCAAAAUUUCCUACAAACUUAAGUGAUCUCACCUCCAAAGUCUCGGAAUUGCCGCAAAAAAUGGCGGCAAGUGUAGGGGAGGUUACUGAGAAGUGUUCAUUGCAGUGAAUGUGGGCCAAUCUCACUCCUUGAAGUAACACAGUUGGGAUUCUGGCUUUACCUACCAUUCACCAGUUCUUACAUAAAAAAAGCAAUGUUUUAUGUGAGGCACCAACAAGAUGUUUCAAAGUCAGAACAAUCUGGCUUUAGCACUGAUGUUAUUUUUUUUAUUUUGAAUUUUUAUUUAUUUGAUUUUUUCGUUACUCCAUUUAAAAAUGUGGAUGUAUGCAUACAAACCGAGUUAGUUGUCUAGAAGUAGAGCUUAUCAGUGUCAAUGUAUGUGACCCUUCCACUGCACACAUACACAUACCUGCCUAAUUAUCGGAGAUGGCAACUUCUUUGUGACCUGCCACUAACUGUUGUCCAAUUGAAAAACAACUAAGCAUGUAAUUGUAUCUCUCCCCCCAAAUAUUUUAUUUAUGAAGCCAUUCUCCAAUAUCACUUCGAAUCAAUUUCUUUCUUUUAAUUUAAAAGUUAUUUUUACAUGUGGUUGUAUAUUUUAAAAGUUUUAGUUAGGAUAGCAAUAAUUUAUUUUGUUUUUUAACAUUAUGCCUUGUUACUAGAUCAAAUAAUAUUCAUACAAAAAUGUCCAUCUGUAAAACAUCACACAGCAUAUCAUUACGAUGAAAUGCAUACAUUAAGCACAACCCCCACCUCUUUCCUGUCUUUAACGUAAAAGGUUGACAGUGGUAAUCACAGCGUCACUGAAAGCCUGAUACGUGAGGCAACCAAAUAACAAACAAAAGUAAUUAACUAUUUCCUAUCAACAGCAAUAACGAGAUUGAAGAAAUAACGAAGACGGAAUUAUAUUUAUAUAAAUUAUGUUGAUAUACAAAGAGAUAUUAGGAAACCUUGCUCUCUCUCUCUCUCCUCUUUCUCUCUCUCUCUCUCUCUCUCCCUCCUUCUCUCUCAUUAACUGUAGAAAGGAAAUAGCUGAUACUUUUGAAAGAUAUUAUUUUAUUCAGACAUAUCUUUGUAAUGAAUUCUUAUAUUUUAAAUAAUUGUUUCAAGAUGACAACUUGAAUAACGUUAACAAAUUAACACAAUAAUAAAAGUGAAUAACACAACAGCCUGCUGAACAUUUAUCCACAGAUUCAUAAAGAUGACUUUUGAUACCACCUUGUUAAUAACACUUCGUACUACAGCGGCAUAUAUAAUUAACUAUUAAA